AUGUUUUAUAAAUCAAUUGAAGAAUAUAAUAUUCAAUUGAAUUGUCAAUAUUCAGUAAGCAAGCUAAGAAGAUUAAAAGCCAAUCGACGAGAGCGUGCUAGAAUGCAUGCAUUGAAUAAUGCAUUAGAACAACUUAGAAUUGUUUUACCGCAUUCUUCUUGUGAAUCAAUAAAACUCAGUAAAAUUGAAACAUUAAGGCGUGCGCGUGAUUACAUCAUAUCCCUAAUUGAUUUAUUAAAUAAAUCUCCACAUACAAAUCAACCAAUCAAUCAUAAUUCAAUAAUUGGACAAGAAUCUACGUAAAAUAUAAACGAUAGUAUCUAAAUUUUCCACCGAUACCGAUAACUAUGGUUAUUCAACUGUUACUAACUACUAAGUUGUCCAUUGUUGACCGGGUAAACUUUUUAAUUGUGAAUUAUUAUAUGCUUG